UUUAAGUCCAUUAAACCCCAAUUUGAGCAGAUUUAUUUCCGGUCAAUUUUUGGCAGAUUCCAAUGGUGUACCAUCACAGAUUUCGGGCGAUUUUUUAGAAAUGUCAUUUUCUUUUGAUUCUGGAGGCAGCAAAUCCCGGAAUCAGGCCGAGGCUAUUCUCCACUGAUUAUGAAGUCUAUUGAUCCUAUUCUCCACGAGUGAUAAGUCCAUUAAGCACCGAUUUGGGCCAAUUUAUUUUCGGAUGGCAUUUUCGUAAUUUUUUGGGCGACGAAAGGUCAUUUUCUUUGGAUUUUGAAUGCUACAAAUCAUGGAUUCGCCCUGAGGCUAUUCUUUAACGAUGAUUAAGUCCAUCAAGCACCGAUUUGUGUGGAUUUAUCAUGGUCAAUUUUUGGCCGAUUCCAAAGGGGUACCAUCACAGAUUUUGGGCGAUUUUUUCGAAAUGCCAUUUUCUUUCGAUUCUGGAGGCAGCAAAUCAUGGAAUCAGGCCGAGGCUAUUCUCCACCGAUAAUGAAGUCUAUUGAUCCUAUUCUCCACUUAUGAUAAGUCUAUUAACCACCGUUUUUGGCCCAUUUAUUUUCAUAAUGCAUUUUCGUCAUUUUUUUAGCGAAGAAUGGCCAUUUUCUUUGGAUUUUUAACGCUACAGAUCACGGAUUCGACCCGAGGCUAUUCUUUAACAAUAUUUAAGUCCAUUAAACCCCAAUUUGGUCGGAUUUAUUCCUGGUCAAUUUUUGGCAGAUUCCAAAGGGGUACCAUCACAGAUUUCGGGCAAUUUUUCCGAAAUGCCAUUUUCUUUCAAUUCUGGAGUCAGCAAAUCACUGAAUCAGACUGAGGCUAUUCUCCACAGAUAAUGAAGUCUUUUGAUCCUAUUCUCCACGGGUGAUUAGUCCAUUAAGCACAGAUUUGGACCAAUUUAUUUUCGAAUAGCAUUUUCGAAAGCUUUUGGGCGACGAAAGGCCAUUUUCUUUGGAUUUUGUACGCUACAGAUCACGGAUUCGCCCUGAGGUUAUUCUUUAACUAUAAUUAAGUCCAAUAAGCACCGAUUUAAGCGGAUUUAUUCCGGGUCAAUUUUUGGCAGAUUCCAAAGGGGUACCAUCACAGAUUUCGGGCGAUUUAUCGAAAUGCCAUUUUCUUUCGAUUGUGGAGGCUACAAAUCACGAAAUCAGGCCGAGGCUAUUCUCCACCGAUAAUGAAGUCUAUUGACCCUAUUCUCCAUGGAUCAUAAGUAAGUUAAGCAUCGAUUUGGGCCAAUUUAUUUUCGGAUGGCAUAUUCGUAAUUUCUUGGGCAACGAAAGGCCAUUUUCUUUGGAUAUUGAAGGCUACAGAUCACAGAUUCGGCCCGAGGCUAUUCUCCAAUGAUGAUGGAGUCCAUUAAGCACAGAUUUGGGCAGAUUUAUUCCGGAUCAAUUUUUGGCAGAUUCCAAAGGGGUACCAUCACAGAUUUCGGGGGAUUUAUUCGAAAUGCCAUUUUAUUUCGAUUCUGGAGGCUACAAAUCAUGGAAUCAGGCCGAGGCUAUUCUCCAACGAUAAUGAAGUCUAUUGAUCCUAUUCUCCAUGGGCGAUAAGUCCAUUAAGCACCGAUUUGGGCCAAUUUAUUUUCGGAUGUCAUUUUCAUAAUUUUUUGAGCGACGAAUGGCCAUUUUCUUUGAAUUUUGAACGAUAUAGAUCACGGAUUCGCCCUGAGGCUAUUCUUUAAAGAUGAUUAAGUCAAUUAAGUACCGAUUUGGGCAGAUUUAUUCCGGGUCAAUUUUUGGCAUAUUCCAAAGGGGUACCAUUAAAGUAUUGGCCAUUUUUUCGAAAUGCCAUUUUCUUUUGAUUCUGGAUGCAGCAAAUCACGGAAUCAGGCCGAGGCUAUUCUUCACCGAUAAUGAAGUCUAUUGAUCCUAUUCUCCACGAAUGAUAAGUCUAUUAAGCACCGUUUUUGGCCCAUUUAUUUUCAGGAGUCUUUUUUGUUAUUUUUUGUGCGACGAAAGGCCAUUUUCUUUGGAUUUUGAACCCUACAGAUCAAGGAUUCGCCCUGAGGCUAUUCUUUAACGAUGAUUAAGUCCAUUAAGCACCGAUUUGGGCGGAUUUAUUCCGGAUCAAUUUUUGGCAGAUUCCAAAGGGGUACCAUCACAGAUUUAAGGCGAUUUUUUUGAAAUGCCAAUUACUUUCGAUUCUGGAGGCAGCAAAUCACGGAAUCAGGCCGAGGCUAUUCUCCACCGAUAAUGAAAUCUAUUGAUCAUAUUCUCCACGGGUGAUUAGUCCAUUAAGCCCCGAUUUUGACCAAUUUAUUUUCGGAUGGCAUUUUCGUAAUUUUUUGGGCGACGAAAGGCCAUUUUCUUUGGAUUUUGAACGCUACAGAUCAAGGAUUCGCCCUGAGGUUAUUCUUUAACGAUGAUUAAGUCCAUUAAGCACCGAUUUAAGCGGAUUUAUUCCGGGUCAAUUUUUGGCAGAUUUUAAAGGGGGUACCAUCACAGAUUUCGGGCGGUUUUUUCGAAAUGCCAUUUUCUUUUGAUUCUGGAGGCAGCAAAUCACGGAAUCAGGCCGAGGCUAUUCUCCACCGAUAAUGAAGUCUAUUGAUCAUAUUCUCCACUUAUGAUAAGUCUAUUAAGCACCAUUUUUGGCCCAUUUAUUUUCAGAAUGCAUUUUCAUUAUUUUUUGGACGACGAAAGGCCAUUUUCUUUGGAUUUUGAACGCUAUAGAUCACGGAUUCGGCCUGAGGCUAUUCUUUAACGAUGAUUAAGUCCAUUAAGCACCAAUUUGUGCGGAUUUAUCACGGUCAAUUUUUGGCAUAUUCUAAAGGGGAACCAUCACAGAUUUCUGGCGAUUUUUCCCAAAUAUCAUUUUCAUUAGAUUCUGGAGGCAGCAAAUCACGGAAUCAAGCCGAGGCUAUUUCUCCACCGAUAAUGAAGUCUAUUGAUCCUA